AAUUAACAGCUAGCAGUCAAGUUGAGAUGCCAUUUUUAGUAGUUGUGCCUAGGAUUCGUUUCUGUGAAUUUAAGCGAUUGCUGCUUCAGCAUGCGCAGAUAUAUACCUUCUAAACUAGGGAAACUGUAUAUAUAAUAGAAUAGUGUGUUGUCCCUUGAGCAUUGAUAAUACUCCUACAAACAACUGAAGUAAAGAUAGAUAGCAGUAGUAUGCUAAGCACUUUCAUGUUGUACUGUAAAGUGAUCUUUGCUUCUAUGCAAAAUAGAAGCAUACAAUUUAUAAUUAUCUCAGAUUAUGAAAACUGUGACUUAAAAACGGUACAUUCAACAAUUGUGUAUAUUCAUAAGGGCAUACAACUCUAGUAUACGUAGCGAGCAGAAUUCAUUUCGUGGGCGGAUGAAUGUGCAUUUGCAUGAAGUGCUAAUUUCGCACUUCAUGCAUGCAUGUACAUUCAUCCGCCUACAUGCAUGGUGGGUUCUGCUGUUUUGCUGUUGCAUGCCCUCUCUUUUAUACGCCGUCUUGCCGUUAUUUGUAUCUUGUUAAGUUUUGUUCGAGGCAAAUGGCAAAUACUCAAGAUUAUUAUCAGCUACUUAUGUGCAUGCAGCAAUUUCAAUGCUGUCAUGCAGAGAAGGAAGGAAGGGGGAGGGUCUUGUAAUUGUACACACAUGACUUGUGUAAGUCUUGUACCUUUAUUGUCUUGUCCAUCUAAAAGGCUGUCAUUCAAAUCUUAAUGCACUCAGCGACUCAUGACAAUCGAAUCAACUAAUCAACACUAGAGUGAAUGUCGAUCAGUUCAGUUUCUAAAUCUUAUUAGCCAGCUAGGUACAUCAAGAGUCAAGUAUAGGUUAUUAUAGCCUCACUAAACUAGUGUAUAAAUCAACUUUAUAAAUUGCACAAUGUUUCCUCACCUGGAGAGUUUGCUGUUGGUCUCUCUGCUAGCCGUCGUCAUGGCUGCCACACCACCCAACGUGGUGCUGUUCCUAGUCGAUGAUCUUGGCUACGGUGACCUCACUCCCUACGGACACCCCACCUCCAAUACCCCCCACAUCCAGUUACUAGCCGAGCAGGGUCUCGUCUUCACUCAGUUCUACACCACUAGUCCAAUAUGUAGUCCGUCUCGAGCAGCUCUGCUGACUGGGCGAUACCAGACUAGGUCCGGGAUAUAUCCGGGGGUGUUUGAACCUAACGACCUAGGAGGAUUGCCACACAAUGAGACUACGAUUGCCGAAGGGCUCAAAGAAAUAGGCUACACUACUGGCAUGAUUGGAAAAUGGCAUCUGGGCGUUGGUGCUGAUGGGGAGUACCUACCCGACCAUCAUGGCUUUGACUACUACAUGGGCAUACCGUACACCCAUGAUGCGUGUCCCUGCUAUGUCUGCUUCUACCCCAAACAGUGGUGUAGUACGAGCUGCAGUCCAGAAUACGUACCCUGUCCGGUGUACGAGUGUAAGGAUGGCAAACAAGAGAUAGUUCAACAACCUGCCGACUUGACAACACUCUCGGCUAACCUCGCAAUGGCAGCUGCCAACUUUGUAGAUAAACAAGCAGGUUCUGGAAAACCCUUCUUCCUCUACUACGCUUUCCAACACAUGCACGCUCCACAAUUUUCUGGCCAAAAGUUUAGAAAUUCAAGUAAGAGAGGUAACUAUGGCGACUCGCUGAGAGAAGUGAACUGGGCUGUGUCUCAAGUGCUUCAGGCUCUCUCUAAUACUGGUGUAUCUGACAACACUGUGAUCUUCCUCACUGCUGAUAAUGGGCCUGACUUGAGUCAAGGAGAUAACGGAGGGAGUGCUGGUCCACUGCGGUGUGGCAAAGCCUCAACUUGGGAGGGAGGAAUGAGGGUACCCAGCAUCGCCUGGUGGCCGAACAAGAUUCGUCAUGGACGCACACACCAGCUGGCAUCAACACUUGACCUUCUCCCUACCAUAUUCAGUAUGGCGGGGCAGAGCUCCCUAAAGACACAAAGAUCGAUGGAACCGACUUGUCCUCUCUGUUGUACAACAAGAAUGGAAAAAGUAAUCGCGACUGGUUUGCUUAUUUCCCCGAGUUUGCCAACGAGACUCGAGGACCGUAUGCACUGAGGUGGAAGUCGUACAAGGCUCACUACUAUACUCAAGGUGGUCUCUGUCCUAACGAUUAUCCGGAUGAGGUGUGUCGUUCCAAUACCCCUCUCGUUGCUCACGACCCCCCACUGCUGUUCAACCUCAACGCUGACCCCGGGGAGCUCCGCCCACUGGACGCCACCAAAUAUAUAAGAGUGCUAGAGAAGAUAGAAAUGAUUCGACAACAGUUGCUGUAUGACUUGGAAUGGGGACAAUCUGAAGUGCUGAUGGGACAAGAUGACUCCGCCCAACCAUGUGCAGUACCCGGCUGCGAGCCAUUCCCAUACUGUUGCCGUAGCAACUUAUUGCAAGACAAUCAGUCUUUAGCAUGGCUAUGAGUUAGAGUAACUUUAAUUUGUACCAAAUGACCUGUUGUAGUUUAUCGUUUCAUUUGUAUAAUUUAUAGGGACAUUAUAUAUAAUAGGAUGAUUAUUCCUUUGUGCAAAUUAAGUAUUAAAUAUUGUUCAAUGUACCAAA